GAAAACUUGAGGUUGAUAUUAACGGCAAGCGCCAGGUUUUAUUAACCGACUCGGCCGCAAUGACAGUGGAUAUAAUCGAAAAUUUCGCGAAACUCGUAAUAAACUCGUACCAAUUUUACACCGGGGUUGGAUUGGCCUCCACGGAUGUUCAAAUAAUGACUGGUGCUGCAAUUGGGCUUCAUUCCGUCACCACGAUUGGAACCGUUCUUAUUAAAGUCAUGUCCGAAGAGGAAAUUAAACUCUGCAGAGAGCAGUUGAAUGAAAUUGCCAAGAUGGGAGGACAAAUUACAGGCUAUAAAAAACAACGUGUUCAUAUCAAUAGGUGGCUGAUUAGAGCCCGAAACGAUUUGAAUUCCCGAGAUUGAUGCAAGAUUACACCAUUGUUCCUGGACCGAUAAAAAUAUUUGUUGCCCAAGUGCCAGAAAUCCAACCCACUGGAGCUAUUUUGGGCACAGUCACUGUGGAUGGGAUGCAAGAAGGUUCAGACAAAUUGGUUCCUGGUCCGCACGAUGCCUACCUGGAAACUGCGUCAUCCCCCGGUCGACUUAAUUUCUUUUCGACUUCGCUUUUCAACACUUUUAUUGCAACGGAAAGAACUGAUUGGUUAGAGAGAAAGAUGAACAUUACAUUCACAAACGGAACCGUUAAGACUUUCGUCUUCAGUUUUGGUAUAACUGAUGAAAAUAAUCACAAACCAACAUUUAUCAGAGAUAACAGCUUCCCAUACAAGCAGACAAUUGACGGGCAAUUCCUCGAGAUUCAGACCGGAAUAUCUGUCACGGAUGGCGACAUUGACGACAACUGUGUACAAGAUGUCACAAUAAGCAGUUCCCUUCCCAUCGGUCUAUACACAUCUCCUAUUUGGGGAGUUGGAUUUAUGGGAUUUCAGCUUACGCUUCGAACAAAUAGAACGAAGCAAGAGUUGUACAAUCACAAAAUCCAACUUACCGCUUUCGACUCGACCAGAUCAACUACAAUUACAGUCACACUUCAACCAUACUAGACAAAAGCAUUGGCAAGGAUAUAUCAUUUUUUAAUCAAGGAUGCACUUAAAAAAUAUCAAAAUUAUACGAGACCAUUAAAUAAACUAUCUUUCAAAAUUCUAUAACCGUGGUCAAUAAAUACUGAUGGAAAG